AUGGUACUUAAGGGAUGGAUGUUUAAUCUAAGAAUGUAAAAAUCUUUUUAACUAAAUCAAGAAUUUUAGAUGAUAAUACAAAUUUAGAAGGAAGUGGUUUAUUUAAGAUUAAAUUCGGAAGAUUUUAUUAACAGAGAUUAUUUGUAACACAGCUAAAGAAGGUGGAGGAAUGUAAUUAAAUUUAAAUAAGUAAUUUAAGAAAUAAUAACUUAAAUUAAUCUUUAUUAAUUUUUAAAACUGCACAAAUAUUCCUUAAGAAUUGCCUUAAUUUGGAAUUAAAUAUGAAAAAUAAAAAAUGA